GCGGCGGCGCCGCCGCCAUUUUGUCUCUGUCACUCCGGCGGCAGCCCGAGCGAGCGGUCGGUCGGUCGGGGAAGGAGCGGGGGGGUGAAGGCGGUGGUGCUUGGCAAGGGGCCACUCGGGCAUCAGGACACGAUGAUAUCGGCCGCCCAGCUCCUCGACGAGCUCAUGGGCCGGGACAGGAACCUGGCCCCCGAUGAGAAGCGCAGCAACGUGCGGUGGGACCACGAGAGCGUUUGUAAAUACUACCUUUGUGGGUUUUGUCCAGCUGAAUUAUUUACAAAUACCCGUUCUGACUUAGGUCCAUGUGAAAAAAUUCAUGAUGAAAAUCUGCGUAAACAAUAUGAGAAGAGCUCUCGUUUUAUGAAAGUGGGCUAUGAAAGAGACUUCUUGCGGUAUUUACAGAGCUUACUUGCAGAGGUAGAACGGAGGAUUCGAAGAGGGCAUGCUCGUUUGGCACUGUCACAGAACCAGCAGUCAUCAGGUCAGGCAGCUGGACCUACUGGUAAAAAUGAAGAGAAAAUUCAGGUCUUAACUGACAAAAUCGAUGUACUUCUACAACAGAUUGAAGAAUUGGGUUCUGAAGGAAAGGUGGAAGAGGCGCAAGGAAUGAUGAAACUUGUUGAACAGCUAAAAGAAGAGAGAGAGUUGCUGAGGUCUACAACUUCAACAAUUGAGAGCUUUGCAGCUCAAGAAAAACAAAUGGAAGUUUGUGAAGUCUGUGGAGCCUUUUUAAUAGUAGGAGAUGCACAGUCCAGGGUGGAUGACCACUUGAUGGGAAAACAGCACAUGGGUUAUGCCAAAAUUAAAGCUACUGUAGAAGAAUUAAAAGAAAAGUUAAGAAAAAGAACUGAAGAACCUGAACGUGAUGACAAGUUAAAAAAAGAGAAACAAGAGCGAGAAGAGAGAGAGAAAGAGAGGGAGCGUGAAAGAGAAGAGAGGGAGAGGAAGAGACGACGUGAGGAAGAAGAAAAGGAAAAAGAGAGGGCACGUGACAGAGAAAGACGUAAGAGGAGUCGUUCCCGUAGCAGACAUUCAAGCAGAACAUCUGACAGAAGAUGCAGCAGAUCACGGGACCACAAAAGAUCAAGAAGCAGAGAGAGAAGGCGAAGCAGGAGCCGAGAUCGACGAAGAAGCAGAAGCCAUGAUAGGUCAGAAAGAAAACAUAGGUCUCGCAGUCGGGACAGGAGACGAUCAAAAAGUCGAGAUCGGAAAUCAUAUAAGCACAGAAGCAAAAGCAGAGAUCGAGAACAAGACAGGAAAUCUAAAGAAAAAGAAAAGAGGGCAUCUGAUGAUAAAAAAAGUAGUAUGAAGUCCAGUAGUCGAGAAAAACAGAGUGAAGACAGAAAUACAGACUCGAAGGACAGUGAUACUAAGAAUGAGGUCAAUGGGACCAAUGAAGACAUUAAAUCUGAAGUGCAGCGUAAGUAUGCACAGAUGAAGAUGGAGCUAAAUCAAGUAAGAAGACAUACUAAAGCACCUUCUGAAGGAAAAGACAGUGUAGUCCUGCAAAACAUUUUGAGGUACAUUGUUUUGUCUCAGCUAUUUUGUAGCAGACUCAUGCCCCCAUUAGUGUGCCUCUUUGGAACAUAUUUGUAAUAUAGUCUCCAUAGAAAAUUUAAUUAUCCUUUUUUUUUAUUUUUAGGGAUUUUGUCGUUUUUUUUAAAAAUUGAACUGUUUUUGUAUUUAAGUCCAUAUUGUGUUGGUACAUCAGCAGAAACAUUUGCUUUAAUACUUAAUAUUUCUGAGGCACAUGUUGGACUACUUUGUUUUUAUAUAAACUGCUAGUAUUUCUUUGUCAAGGAUGUUUCUAGUUUUUUUUUGCUUUAUUGCCUUGCAUUCUAAUGCAGUUUGUUCUGUAACUCGAGAGCCAGUAGCAUUGGAUUGAUGGAAGUGUAGGGUUUAUGAAUUAUUGCAGCUGACUACCAUACCUCACACAGCGUUGGUGUUGUGAGCGGCCCAUGAAAAGCCAAAUUAAAAAUCAAGGAUUCAGUCAAACUAAGCAGGUACUCAUGCCAGGUACUCCUUUCUCUACCCACAUCCAUGUUUGAAUGCUGUUGCCUGUAAUCUUUAAGCUUACUGUUGUGUUUUUAUUUACAAGAAAGUGAAAAGGAUUUUUUGUGUAUUGUGUGAAAACUAUAAAUCUGAUGUUAACAGAAUGGAAUUUUCUUUCAACUGUGUGUAGGGAUGCAGUGCUGCCCAGAAUUAGAUAUCUUUAAGAGUUUUAAAUGCAAUAAAUACUACAUAAUAAUCGCCUUGUUACAUUCAAUGCAAUUCAAGUCUUUAAGAGGUAUGUGUUUAAUAUUUCCUACUGUGUAGGAGAAUUUGCAGUCAGCCAUAGUACAGAGCAGUAUAAUGGCUGAUUCCAGACUUGUAAGGCAAAUGUAAAUACAAAGGCUGAUGCCUAAAAUUUUUAAUAGUACAUGGCAAGGAUGUAUGCUGACAAUUCUCAUUAUUAUGAAACUAAACGUUAGGAAAUAUAUAUAUUAAAAAACUUUAAAAGUUUUUCCAUUCUUGACCUAAUUUAAGCGUACAGAAACGGUUGUUGUAUUCCUAAAAUAAGGAGCGAACGUUGGAGAAGACAGCUGAUAAAUUAGCUGUUUGCAAUAUAAACUAUUAGUAUAGUUUCAGUAUUUACGCUAUGAACUCUUAAACACUUAAGGGUUGAUCAUUAGACCAUUAAGAUUGCAUUAUUGCUCUGGAACCCCUAAUUUUCAAUAUUGAAGUUUUAGUAGAGUAAGAUGACAGCUAAGAACUGGGCCAAUAUUUAGAAAUGGCAAACUAACCUUGCUUUACAUUGUCUAAUUGUUUGCUUUCCCAAAAUUUUGCAUUAUAGGACUACCACGUGAAGAAUCUGCGAAGAAUCCGGAAGACAGCUUGCAAUGAAGAUCUGCUUUAAAUGAGGUGAAAGAAAGCUGUAGUGGCAUAGAAAAAUAUAAAGUUCAGUUAGAAUUUUUUUUAUAAAAUUAAUUCAGGACUGUUGUUACCUCCCAGAGUGCAGAGGGAUGAGUUAAUAGCAUACAUGCCACUGAGAAUAUAAGUCCUGUAUCAUUUUUUUUCUUUAAGACUUUUUAAGAUAAGAAACAAACAUAACAUGAACCCAUGGCUUGCUCAGUGUUUAUUUGCAAGAUUUCAUUCUUGGACUUCGAAACACAAGAAUAAAUGUUUAGUAUUUGUGUGAAUUAAACUAAAUUGAAUCCCAUUUUUACAACUAGGAUAUAUCUAGCUGCUUGAUAUACCAGAAAUGGAAAUAAAGUAUCUUUGAAUUUCUGUUGCAAAUUUGAUUGUCUGUCAUUAAACAUUUAGUAUUAAAUACACUUUUUUCGUAAUAAAUCUAUUCAUGUCUUCAA